GCAAGGCUGUGAUGGAGGCGGGGCAACAGGUUUGGUCUCAACUUCCUCUAUGGAGUCACACCCCCCUGUAGUGGGGCAGAAUCCCCAGGACCUGACCUACAGGGCCAUCCCUCUGCCAUUACAGCAUUCUUGAGGCCAGCUAGCAACUAUGGGAAAUUGGCUGGGUGGCCAGUCAUCUGCCGGGCCAUCUGGGGGGUCACUUGGGGAGCCAUCAGCGGGACCACCCUGGAGGUCAUCCGAUGGGUUAUCCGGCGGGUGGCCUGACUUGCCCGCAGUGCCAGCACACAAGCUAAAAGACUUUAUCCACGCAAAACUCAAACCCAGUGAAGAAUGCCUGAAACUGAUAGACCAGGACGUGGAUGCCAUCUCUGACUUCCUGCGGAGCAGUGAGCUCCCUGUGCGGGGAGUGGCUACGGGUGGCUCCUAUGGCCGGGAAACAGUCCUAAGAGGCUACUCAGAUGGCACCCUUGUUCUCUUCAUGGGUAACUUCCGUAGCUUUCGGGAUCAGAAGGAAAACCAACGUGAACUCCUCAGUGUGAUUGAACAACGGCUGAAACACCACAAGAAAUACUCUACGUCAGUGAGCCUUGGGCACACCCUUGAAGUCCUCCUGUCCGUACAUGGGCAGGAGAUACUCUUGCAGGUCCUUCCAGCCUUUGAUCCUCUAUCUCCAGCUGACUCAGACCGCCAUCAGAGUCGAGCGUCCUGCUGCUCUCUGUCAGCAGGCUUUGGUGAGGACUCCAGCUCCCGGAUCUAUCGGGAUCUCAAAAGAUCCAUGGAUCAAGUAAGAGCAGCGCCCGGCGAGUUUGCAGCCUGCUUCACCACGUUGCAGCAGCGGUUCUUCCAGCGGUACCCCAGGAGAGUGAAGGAGCUGAUCCUGUUGGUCAAGCACUGGUAUCAGGAGUGCCAGGAGAAGUGGAUGACUUCCCCAUCUCGGCGGUUCUCCUACGCCCUGGAGUUGCUCACUGUGUAUGCCUGGGAACAGGGCUGCCAAGAUGAGGACUUUGACAUCGCAGAAGGUGUCAGGACCGUGCUGGGACUCAUCAAGCAGUCGUCAAAGCUGUGUGUCUACUGGAUAGUCAAUUACGGCUUCGAUGAUGUAACAGUUCGCAACACUCUUCUGUGCCAACUCAGGUCCCAAAGACCGGUCAUCUUGGACCCAACUGACCCAACCAAUAAUGUGGGCAAAGACAAUGGCUCCUGGCAGCUGCUGACAGAGGCGGCUCAGGCCUGGCUGUACUCUCCCAGCCUAAAUGAUAUGUCACCUGCACAAUGCUGGAAUGUUCUGCCCACAUCACUCUUCAUCACCCCAAGCCAUUUACUGGACACGUUCAUCAAAGACUUCCUCCAGCCCAAUGAAAAGUUCUUGGAGCAGAUCAGAAAAGCUGUUAACAUCAUCUGUGAAUUCCUCAAAAACAACUGCUUCAAGGACUCAAGCACCAAAGUGCUGAAGGCCGUCAAGGGAGGAUCCACUGCCAAAGGCACGGCUCUGAAGAAUGGAUCAGAUGCUGAUAUCGUAGUGUUUCUCAGCCCCCUGAAGAGUUACGACUCCCAAAACAAGGAGCGUGCAUCGUUUGUCCAGGAAAUCCAGAGGCAAUUAGAAGUCUUCCGAAAGACCCAGGAGCUGGAGGUGAAGUUUGAGAUUUCAAAGUGGAAGGCCCCCAGGGUGCUGAGCUUCACCUUGAAAUCCAGGAGUCUCAACGAAAGUGUCGACUUUGAUGUCCUGCCUGCCUAUGAUGCACUAGGUCAGCGGCAUCCUGGCUUCACCUCCAGACUCGAAGCCUACAAGGAUCUCAUUGCAUUAUGUAAAUCAUCAGGCGUCAAGGGUGGAGAGUUUUCCACGUGUUUUACAGAGCUACAGCGCGAGUUCAUUAAAUCCCGACCCACCAAACUGAAGAGUCUGAUUCGCCUGGUCAAGCACUGGUACAAACAGUGUGAAAGGAAAAUGAAGCCCAAAGCAUCCUUGCCCCCAAAGUACGCCCUGGAGCUACUCACCGUGUACGCCUGGGAGCAGGGCAGCGGCAUGAAUGAUUUCAACAUUGCUGAAGGCUUCCGGACGGUCCUGGACCUGGUCAUCAAAUACCAGCAGCUCUGCAUCUUCUGGACAGUCAACUACAACUUCAAAGAUGAGCCGAUAAGGACGUUCCUACUGACCCAGAUCCAGAAAAAGAGACCAGUAAUUCUGGAUCCAGCUGAUCCCACAGGCGACCUGGGAGGAGGUGACCGCUGGUGUUGGCAUCUUCUGGCUGAAGAAGCAAAUGAGUGGCUCUCCUCCCUCUGUUUUGAACUGCAAAGUGGAGACUCGUGGCAGAGAGUGCAGCCGUGGAAAGUGCCAGUAGUCCAGACCCCAGGAAGCUGUGGAGCUCAUAUCUACCCCACUGUGGGUAUCUGAGUUGGAGUCCAUCUCUGGGAUGAAAAUGCUAGCUAGAUGAAGCCUCUAGAAUCGACUGACCAUUGAUUUAAAGACUCAAGCCAUGUUACAGAAGGGAGCGGGUCCAGUCCUCCCUGGCUGGUCCCCACCUCUCUUCUGCAUUCCCAGACAACUCUGCUUGAAAUCAAGACUUCGGAUCUGCUCCCCCUCCCACCCUAGGGUCUCACAUUUUGGACACCCCUCUGUGCAAGUGACCUUCAGAGAUGCUUGCCCCCAAGCAGCGUGCUGUGUUCCCAUUCUAUAUGUUUUUCCCUGUUUCCUUCUCUCCAUGCCUCUCUUCAGCUCCAGACUCACCCUGUGUCACCAAGGUUGAGCCCCUCCCUUGCCCUUCAUUUCCAGCAGUCCCAGUUAGCUCUCAGUCUCUCACUGCCUCUUUGCUGAGCUCUUCCCUCCAUCCACAGGCCUUCCCUGCCUGUGUGGAAGCAGAGGUGUCCAGCCCAGCCGCCAGCCAACCCUCUCCCUCUACCCCUGCUGCUAAAACAACUUCUCUUGGGGAAAUGUAAACAACAUGUACCCCUCCUCCUAAGGUCCCCGGACAAACCAAGGUCUGAGGAACCAAAGAGUUCAUUGGUCUUACCUGCAGCAUGUGGGUGAGGGGUCGUGGGCAGGGCUGAAGUGACUCUAACUCUGCUGCACUGUAAUGUCCUCACCCACUGUGAAUGGUGGCUUCCCCAGGGCUGCCUAGAGGGCACCCUGUCCCCUCAUCUUUCCCCUCAUAUCCUCUAACCCCUCCCAGAGACCACGUGUAAAUAGGGCAGAGCAGCAUACAGCUGGUUGGAACUGGUUGCUGAAGUAAGAGUCCUUAACCUUCCCACACCCCUCUUCCAAGGGGGAAGACGUAUAGUCAGCAGGCCCAGUUGUGAUAUUCUAGGAUGAGCUGGCUCAGGUCGACUCCUGAAGAUGGCAGUAGUUUAUCUCGGAGGGUAGUUCUAUACAAAGCUUCACGCCAAGGGUGGUUGAUACCUCCUGCCUUAGCCUUGAGAGCUGCCCUUACAUUCUUGGCUGCCCAGUGCCCUCACCCCAGCAUUUCAACUAUAUUGGUGCAUAAGGGCUUAGCCCCAUGCAUCCUCACGCAAGGUUGUCCCUUCUCUCCAUGGCUCUGACAUGCUGCCGGUCCCUGUACCACUUCUCAUCAUAGAACCGCAGCACCUAGGGAGUUUACUGCUGUAGGACUCCUUUGUCAUCUCUGGAUGUAAGCUAUGAGGUGACUCAAGUUGGGCCCUGAGAGAGUUUCAAGGGAGGAGCUUGCCCAGGCAAGAACCCCAGGCAAGUGAUUAGAGGGCCAGAAUAUGAGACAUGGUCCCCUCUGCAGGGAAGGGGUAGCGCUAGAGUUCAAUCCUAUGACCAAUGAUGGGAUCAGGCACCCCUAAGUGUUGAGACCCCGUCAACAUCUCUGGAUAAAAAGGUUCUAGAAGUUGCCCCAUCAAUAAACAUCCCAUUGUAUCAAGAAGGGUAAUGUCAUGCCUCCGUGGGGACAGAUGCUUCUGGGUCUAUCAACUCCCUGGACUUCUACACUACAUAUCAUAUUUGGCUAUUCAUUUCUAUGCUUUAUAAUAAACAGUGAC